GAAAAACAAAAAUCAAUAAAUCAUUAUGUUUUUUUGUUGAAUCAUAAUAUACUUAUUUAAAAAUUUUUUACUUUUGUUCCAGGAACAAAGUCCACACAUUUUGUUCCAGUAUGAAUAACAUUUUUAACAAUUAAAUUUGUAUCUGUCAUUAUAAAUUAUAUAAUUAUUUUUCUUUUUGGAGUAAUAUAUCAACAAUAUUCUUUGGUUUUGUUUUUGUUGUUUGACACUUGACGUCCAGCAGCUGUCAAACUUAUAACCUCUGUCGUCAUCAUAAUAUUAUAUUCACCUUCUCAAUCGGUAGUAAAUUUGAAAUAUUUAAGUGACACAGAUAAUUUCGAUAUAUAAAAUUAUUUUAUAAAAUUCAACAAAAAAAUGAGUAAUUCAAGUAACCAAGCUGUGGCAAAAAAUGGAUCUGAAAAUAUAGAACCUGAAGAAGUCAGUAUUCCAGUUCCCUGGGGUCACAUUAGUGGAAAAUGGUGGGGCCCAAAGGACAUACAGCCAAUAUUAUCAAUUCAUGGCUGGCAAGAUAAUGCUGGAACAUUUGAUAAUAUUGCAAAUAAAUUAAACAACAAUAAAAUAUCAUUGUUGUGUAUUGAUUUACCUGGUCAUGGAUUAUCAUCUCAUAUUCCUGAUGGAACAUUUUACUAUGUUUGUUGGGAUGGGAUUAUUAUUCUACGUAGAAUUGUUAAAUAUUACAAAUGGGACAAGAUUAAAAUACUUGGACAUUCAUUGGGUGGUGCAAUUGGAUUUUUAUAUGCUGCAACAUAUCCAGAUGAAAUUGAUUUAUUAAUAAGUCUUGAUAUUGCUAGUCCAUCAGUUAAAAAAAUUCCUAAUUUAGUAACAUCAACUGGCAAUCAAAUUGAUAAAUAUUUAAAAUAUGAAAAAUUAACACUUGAUAAUGUACCAUGUUAUGAGUAUGAUGAAAUGUUGGGUAUUGUUUUGGAUGCUUAUAAUGGUAAUAUAACACGUAAAAGUGCUGAAAUUUUAAUGAUACGUGGUAUGCAACCAGCAUCUUUACCAGGAAAAUAUUAUUUCUCCAGAGAUCCAAGAUUGAAGGUUUCAAUGUUGGGAUUUUUGACAGCUGAUUUGUCAAAACAAUAUGCUGAACAAAUAAAAUGUCCAUACUUGAAUAUACGAGCACUUCAAGGUCUUAAAAAUGAAAUAUCUGGACAUUAUGAAGAAAUAUUAGAUAUUAUUAAAAAAAAAUCUUCAAAAUUUGAAUAUCAAGAAGUUGAGGGAACUCAUCAUGUACAUUUAAAUGAUCCAGAAAAAGUUGCACCACUUAUAGAAAAUUUUUUAAACUCAAUUUAAUUAUUCCAAUAAUAAAAAAAUUAUUUAAAUUUAUUUAUUUUUAAUUAUUACAAAUAUUAUAAAUAAAUAGCAUAAUAAUCAAGAAGAAAGGAAAAAUAAAUAAUUACUACAUGUAUUUUCGCUGAUAAAAAAAAAAUUAUAUUAUCAACUUGGUGAAUGAUUAUCUGAAAUAUAAUUGUCGACAUGUUGAGGUCAAUAUGAUUCCAUGCUCUACUUAAACUUGUUCUAAAUUUUUAGUAAAUACUCUGAAAAUUGUUGAAAAUAAACAUUUAUUAUUUCGGGUUUACAAUAAUAUACUAAAUUAUGUCAAAAUAUUUUAUCAAAAAAACAAUAAAAAAUAUUGAUAAAAUAAUUGUAUUUAAAUUGACCAAGUUAUUUUUUUUUUUCCAUGAAUACAAUUUAUUAAAUAUUUUUUUUUUUUCCAUAAAAUUAUUAUUGUUGAAAUGUUAUUUUUCUUUCAAUUUAAAAAAAACUAGAAAAAUUUUAUUUUAAUACAAGGCUAAAAGAAUAAAAUUUUUAUCUAACAAAACAAACAUAAACUGACUUUAUUAUUUAAAAUAAAAAAUACAUAUAAAUA